AUGGUGCAAAGCCCACCAAAAGAAGGGAGGGUGCAUCCAGGAUUGCCAUGUUUGGAUCAGAAACGAAAUUUUCCCAUCUUUUCCAAGAGACGGGUGCUGGUGUUUGCUGUUGUACUCAUCUUCACUCACAUAUCCUGGCAUGCUCUGGGAGGUGAGUAUCCAGUGCCAGGAGCUCAUUCGUCUCGCUUUCCGACAGAAUUGAGAACAUACCUCAAGCGAACCCAAAUCCCUGAAGUUCAAUAUACGGACGCCAGUGAUGAUGUGGCAGCAUGGAGUUCCCCCCCGAAAGGAAACGUAGUCGACAAUGAGACACCGACUUCAAGAAUAGUCACUGCAUUGAAAAAACCAGAGAGUGAUAAGAGAGCCUCCAACAAUGCAAACAUCCAUCCCAAGGACUUCUCGAUCAUCGGCCAGCAAUCAAACUUUGGAGGCCGGUCGACAGCAAAGCACCCAAACAAUGGCUCUCCACCUUUUCAGCGUCGAAGUGACAUGGAGGCCGCGCUCGAGCGGGUUAUCACUAGCCUACCAGGAGAGAUGAACAUGCGUGACCUCCUUAGGCCAGUUGAAGGAACAGGGAAGGAGAGGCUUCACGAGAUGGGCCUCCGUACUCGGUCUUAUCGAGAUUUCUUUCAAAUCUGGGAGGAUCUACAUCUUGCGUCGACCCCUGAUGGACCUUCAUAUGUCAGAGACGAUAUUGUGCAAUAUUUGACACAACUAAAUAAGAUGCCCGGCUAUGCAACUCAGGCGACGGGGAUCUUUUCGUCAAUGACAACGGGCCAGAUCAUUAGGGCUUAUGAGACUUACAAAUACUUCCUGGCGAGAUUCGGACAACUUCUAUUUCCCUACACAUCACCUUUCUUUGCGGACCAUAUGUCUCUACAUCUCCAGUUCAAGGCCGCACAACGAGGAAUAGUGUUGACCGCAGGGGAUGAUCAAGCCCAUUUCCUGAUGACUACAAUUUACUCAUUCCGUAAACUUGGCUGUACAUUGCCAGUUGAAGUGAUGUACCUUGGCGACUCUGACCUUUCUGAGGAUUAUCGUGCAGAGCUAGAAACCAUCAACGGUGUUGUAACUCGAGACGUGUCUCAGAUGGUGAAUGAUGAGGGUUGGAAAUUGGCAGGAUGGGCUAUCAAACCGUUCGCAAUUCUCUUCUCCAGCUUCCGCGAAGUCAUCUUCAUCGACGCCGAUAGUGCCUUUUUCCAAGACCCAGCAGUCUUGUUCGACGAUCCAGGUUACCGAAAAACCGGCGCUCUCUUCUUCAAGGAUAGGCUUAUGAUGCCAGAGUCUAAAAAGCGCUGGGUACAGCAAGUUCUCCCUAAACCUUUCUCGUCUCAGGUAAAGCAGAAUCGGUUCUGGACCGGGGAAAGUUCACACAUGCAAGAGUCAGGUGUUAUUGUGGUCGAUAAAUGGGAGCACUUUCUAUCAAUGUUGUUGGUCACUAGAUUGAACGGCCCAGACAGAGAUGGUGACGAGGACGAGGGAAUAAUCGGUGUUUAUGAUAUGGUGUAUGGUGAUAAAGAAACCUUCUGGUUAGGAUGGGAACUCGGUGGUGAUUUCAAGUAUUCGUUUCACCAGGGCAAUGCCGGCACCAUGGGAGUGGCCAACUACAGCACCGGCCACCAUGAGGAGAUCUCAUCUGAAGAAGAGGACUCGACGAUGCCCAAGAGAGAAGGAGAAGAACAAAGACAAGACCCCUUGGCCACACUCCCAGCAAACUUCAUGAUCUGUGCACCACAACUGCUCCAUCUCGAUCUCACAGGCAAGCCUCUUUGGUUCAACGGCUGGGUGUUAGACAACAAAUUUGCGGACAAGUCGCAUAAGCAAUUUGCAGCCUUCGAAGACUAUGUUGUAGAACCACACAAAUGGGAAGGGGAUGAUGCAUGGCAGCUGCAGCAAGACAAUCAAUGCUGCUUGACGACGUAUCCAGAGCUGAAGUUCGAGUUCACCAAGACUGAGAAAGAGAUACUCGGCAUGAUCAUCGAGCGAGCCAAAGACGUGGAGGCUGCCGCCUUGUCGUAG